AUGUCCGCCUGCGUCUGCUCUGGCAUUACUACAUGGGAGGGGACGGCGGGUGUGACCGGAGCCUGGGAAAGAUGCAAAUUUUGUGGUCCUGUGGUUGCCGGGGGCUUGGGGGCUGCCCAAUUUAAGCUCCAUAACUCAAACCGCAGCGCGAAAGAAAUUAGUUCAGCCGAGGCAGUUGCUCCUCUUUCCUAUCGAACGUGAGAAUCACAGAUUUGA